UUUUCUGUCAAAUUUGUUGUAAAACAUGAUGUUUUUGGUGCUUAAUUUGUAAAAUCAUAACAUAAUUUGACAUUUAUUGGCUUUUCCUUAAUCCCUUCUUAUUAUCCAACAUUUUUGCUUAUCCAACGUUCUGACGGCAAGUUUACAUUGGAUAAGCGAGAAUCUACUGUAACAGUAUCUUUACUUCAGUUGGAUAAGAGAGACUCUACUGUAUCUGCAUAUGCACGAAAAUGAGGAUUCUAUGGAGCCACCUCUUGAAUGCAAUAACAAAGGGAAAAAAUGAUCCAAGUAUCUAUAUUACAAUUAAACACCCAUAUCACUGUUGACAUGGAGGAGAAAGCAUAUAAAUGCCUGGAAUGUGGAAAGAGUUUCACUCGAAGGGAUUAUCUGCAGCAACAUCUAAGAACUCACACUGGGGAGAAACCUUACACAUGCCUGGAGUGUGGAAAGAAUUUCGCUCAGAGUGCAGAUCUACAUAAGCAUCAUAGGACUCACACUGGGGAGAGACCCUAUACAUGCCUGGAGUGUGGACAGAGCUUCUCUCAGAGUGGAACCCUACGUUCACAUCAAAGGACUCACACUGGGGAGAGACCUUAUACAUGCCUCGAGUGUGGAAAGAGCUUCACUCACAGUACAAGCCUACGUUCACAUCAAAGGAUUCACACUGGGGAGAAGCCUAAUACAUGCCUAGAGUGCGGAAAGGGCUUCAUUCAUAGUGCAAGUCUACGUUCACAUCAAAGGACUCACACUGGGGAGAAACCUUAUACAUGCCUGGAGUGUGGAAAGAGCUUUGCUCACAGUGCACAUCUACGUUCACAUCAAAGGGUUCACACUGGGGAGAAACCCUAUACAUGCCUGGAGUGUGGAAAGAAUUUCACUCAGAGUGCAGAUCUACAUAAACAUCAAAGGAUUCACACUGGGGAGAGACCCUAUACAUGCCUGGAGUGUGCAAAGAGCUUCACUGAGAAUGGAAAUCUACUUAGACAUCUAAGAACUCACACUGGGGAGAAACCUUAUGUAUGUCUGGAGUGUGGAUACAGCUUCGCUCAUAGUUCAGGUCUACGUUCACAUCUAAGGACUCACACCGGGGAGAAACCUUAUAAAUGCCUGGAGUGUGGAAAGAGCUUCACUCUUAGUUCAGGUCUACGCUCACAUCAAAGGAUCCACACUGGGGAGAAACCGUAUAAAUGUCUGGAGUGUGGAAAGAGCUUCAAUCUAAGUUCAAUUCUACGUUCACAUCAAAGGAUUCACACUGGGGAGAAACCCUAUACUUGCCUGGAAUGUGGACAGAGCUUCACUCAAUGUUCAAGUUUACAUUCACAUCGAAGGACUCACGCUGGCGAGAAAUCCUAUACGUGCCUGGAGUGUGGACAAAGCUUCACUCACAGUUCAAGUUUACGUUUACAUCAAAGGACUCACACUGGGGAGAAACCCUAUAAAUGCCUGGAGUGUGGACAGGGCUUCGCUCAGAGUGGAGAUCUACAUAGACAUCACAGAAUUCACACUGGGGAGAAACCCUAUACAUGCCUGGAGUGUGGAAAGAGCUUCACUCUAAAUUCAGGCUCUGUUGCUACUGCGACCUUCUCUUGUCAUGCUUUGGAACCUAGACCUUGAACCUUGGACUUGACUUGGGCCCUUCUAGAUCUUUUCAAAUGGAAAUAUUUUGGCGGAGGCCCCACCCACACUCCCCUUGUAAUAUAAAAGCCAGGAGGCGGGGACUGCGACUCAGUUCCUUUUUUUCCACUGCUUCAGCAGCUUUAGGAGCCUUUCUAGCGUCUUUGCAUUCCUUUUUGCCUUUAACGUUUUUUUUGACUCGGACUGCCCUAUACUUCCUUUGCCUUUUUGCUACCAUUUUUCCGGACCGUUUGACUACCCACUCGGGCUAUCCCCCUUCGGCUUGGUGACUCAAUUUUUUCCCCUUCAUUUCGCGGACCUCCAGAGGAUCCUUCAUUCUCGUUCAGGCCAGUCCCUCUCCCAACCAUGAGCACCACAUCCUUCUUUAAAAAGUGCGGGGCCUGUGGCGGAAAAUUACAAGAUUCGGACAGGCACCCUAUGUGCCUCCUCUGCCUAGGGGAAGACCACCUCCCACAAUUGUGCCAGAUCUGCCUGGGCUUUACCCCACAAGCCAGGCGGAAUAGAGAAUCCCGGCCUUGGCUCAAACUGUGUUGGAUGAUUCAACUCUGCCCUGGUUGAUUCACCACGGCCACAGGGUGUAUCUGUGUGUUGGGGGUUCGAGACCCUUUCUGCCGGAGGCGCCACUCACCCCGAUGGUGCCGGGCGGUGCGGAUGGCAGGCGCCACAAAGACCACGUCCCCAAGGGCUUCCAGGACCUGGUCUCGGAGCUGAAGGGGGUCCUGGAUGUCCUUCAGGUAUUCAUUGACAAUGAUGUGGUGGUGUUCGUGGGCAGUUUUCUAUAAUCAUAGAUUACAAUUAAUCAUGAGAGCAUACUAUCAGCCUAAGGCCUGUUUUAUAGGUGUCUCAUAAACCCAAACGAGGCCACGUGGCUACUGGUUUGAGCAUCAGCCUUUGACUUUGGAGAAUGGGGUUCGAAUCCCUGCUGUUCAGCCCUGGAAACCCAUUGCACAUAUGGAGAAACUAAGCAAGGAAGGUUUAUAUAUCUGUGGAAGUUCCUGGGUUGGGGGAAGAACUGUCUGUUGGAGGCCAGUGUGAAUGUUGUAAUUAAUCACCUUGAUUUGCAUUAAAUGGCCUCCCCAGCCUCACAUCCUAGCCUGGGGGGAAUCCUUUGUUCAGAGUCAUUAGCUGCUCCUGAUUGAUUCCUGUCUGGAAUUCCUCUGUUUUCAGAGUGCUGCUCCUUAUUUACUGCUCUGAUUUUGGAGUUCUCAUGAUCUCAGUCUCAUGAUUUCCUUCCCUGCCUCUUGUGAUCGGUGUCUCUGCCGCCAGACGAAUGCAUCUUGGCAACGCUAUUAGUAUCAGGGCGAAAUGUUGGCACCAGAAUAAAGGGUUCUUUCAUGUUAGUGACCUUGUUUGAUAAUACAAACUUGUAGUCUGAGUUUUUUUUGGGAGAAGGGAGGGAAGGAAGGCUGAAAAUGGACUGGGAUUUGUAUAUAGACUAGCUGUGCCCGGCCACGCGUUGCUGUGGUGAAGUAUAGUGGUAUGGGAAAUAAAGUAUUGAGGAAUUGGUGGUAGUUAAGGUAAAGGGUAAAGGUUUUACCUUAUAUUAAAUCCAUUAUAAAUGGGUUAUAUAGCUGUGUGGAAGGGCCUUGAGUCUACACUGCCAUUUAAUCCAGUUAAAAUCAGAUAAUCUGUAUUUUAUAGGCAGUGUGGAAGAGGCCUAAGUGAGGCCUAACUCUGCUUGUCCCCUGGGCUGAGUGGCCAUAUAUUCCAGUUAAAAUCAGAUAAUCUGUAUUUUAUAGGCAGUGUGGAAGAAGCCUAAGUGAGGCCUAACACUGCUUGUCCCCUGGGCUGAGUGGCCAUAUAAUCCAGUUAAAAUCAGAUAAUCUGUAUUUUAUAGGCAGUGUGGAAGAGGCCUAAGUGAGGCCUAACUCUGCCUGUCCCCUGGGCUGAGUGGGUUGCUAGGAGACCAAGUGGGCGGAGCUUAGCCUUCUAACUGGCAGCAAUUGGAUAAAAACAAUUAUUCCUCUCCCUCUAAUUAGGACUUUAUUUUUCUUUUUGUUGUAUGAACGUAGAGGCAUGGAUGACGGGUUGUGCUGCCAAGUUUAGUGUUUCUAGGAUUUGUAGUUUUGUUGUUUUGUCCUAGGCCAAAAUUUCAUUACUCUUUUUUAUAUAUAGAUUUCCCCGUUGCUGCCCUCUUGUAUAGGACAAAUGGGAGAUAUGAGUCAGGUUCCUGAAUUUUCUUGCUUUGCUUCUCUGUUUAUCUGGGGUAACCCCAUAUAGAAGAUGGAGUGGGCCUGUUUUCUGCUGCAUCAGACACCCGAUGGAUUCAAAUGUGUGCGAGUAUUUAGUGCUCUCUGGCUGAGAACUAUAUCAUAUUUGGACCUUCCUAGUCCAUACCAGCCCAGUGGUCAUCAUUUGACCAUAUAACCAACCUACACUGUGAACUCUAGUUGGCUGCUGUAAAUUAAUGUGGAUGUUUGUUUGGAUUUUAUGUUAUUAUAUAGUUUUGUUUGACUACAUGCAGUUUAAUUUAUUGAUGUUAGGUUUAAUUCACUGAUGUUAGGCUUUAAUUUAAUGUUAGGUUUUAAUGUUAUUUUUAUAUGCGGGGUUUCUCUGGGAUUUUAUGACAGUAUUGUUUGUUUAUGGAGGCAUUGAAUGUUUGCCAUUGUAUGUUGGAAUCCGCCCUGAGUUCCCUUGGGGAGAUAGGUCAGAAUACAAAUAAAGUUGUUUAUUAUUAUUAUUA